AGAGGAGGGGUUGCAGUCGUAGAGCAAGGCGGAUCCUGUAGGAGCAGAAAGAGGCUCCAGUUGUUCCUGAGUGAUACUAGGAAAGCUCACUAUAUCUUAUCCCAAGAGCCCAGGCAGGCACAUUCCCGGCAGCCGCAGCAGCAGCUAGAGGCAAGCACUGGGCAGCGCUAACUGGGCAUUCCCAUUAAGCAGGUGACGUUAGCGCAGUGUCAGUGGCAGCUUUGCUUCCUGUUGUGCCUGGAGGAACAGCCAAGUCGCACGCAGCAAUGGGCAAUGGAAUGAAUAAGAUUCUUCCCAGUUUGUUUAUUGGAAACUUUAAAGAUGCUCGAGAUGUUGAACAGCUGCACAAAAACAACAUUACUCAUAUACUCUCAAUCCAUGAUAGUGCAAGGCCUAUGCUGGAGGUAAGUGGGGGCAUGAAAUAUCUCUGCAUUCCAGCCUCAGAUUCACCAAGUCAGAACUUGAUACAGCAUUUUAAGGACAGCAUAGCAUUUAUACACGAAUGCCGGCUAAAGGGGGAAGGCUGCCUUGUUCACUGUUUGGCUGGAGUCUCCAGAAGUGUAACAUUAGUAGUAGCCUAUGUUAUGACAGUCACAGAUUUUGGAUGGGAAGAUGCUUUGUCUGCCGUGAGAGGAGCAAGGACAUGCGCCAACCCAAAUAUGGGCUUCCAGAAGCAGCUUGAGGACUUUGGAAAACAUGAUGUCUACCAGUUCAGGACGUGGCUGAAAGAAACUUAUGGGGAGAAUCCUUUUAACGAUAAAGAUGAUGCAAAACAGCUACUUGACAAACAUAAACAGCAGGAAGCGGCAGAAUCCCAAAGUGCCACAAGUUCUGGAAGGCAGUGGAGUAGCCACCUUACGUCUCUUUCAUCCAUGUCUUAUAGCAACUACACUACAGAGACUUAAUAAGUCUGUAUUGUCAUUGCAGAAUAUGUCACUACUUAAAGACCAUAAGCAGAGACCUUGUUGGUGUUGGGCAUUAGUUGUGAUGAAGAGCGUAAAUAUGCCUUGAUGAAUCAGAAUUCUGCUCUUAAGAUUACAGUAUUCUCUCCCUUUGUUGUUGAGAAAAUGGGUUAAUUCAGCUACUUUUGUAUUUUUUGGCAUCUUGGCAAUUUAUAUGGUAUGAUUACACAAAUUAGCCCCUUAGAAAUUUUUUAAAGAUGAGCACUGUUGUUAUUUUAUUUGCUAUACUUUAGCCUUUACCACAUAGUUUUAACUUUUCUACCUCAGAAUGCCAUUGUUUCUAUAGCUACAUUAGUUCCCACCAACUGCGCCCUUAACCCAUGACAAAGGGAUCUGCUCCAAUCACAGCAUUGCUGGACUUCCUCAGGUAGUGUAUAUACACGGAACACAGUCGCAUCAGGUGUUUCUGUAAUCUCUGAGACCAACAUCAAAUUACCAAGGUGCCAUAACAUGCUCAGGUAAAUUACAUUAGAAUGUUUUAAUUGCUUCUUUGAAAGCUGUGUGGAGCAUUUAGCAUUUGCUAUAUGUAAAGUUGCUAUUAAUUACUUUAUAACUGAAUUACUAUUAAGACAUAAAGUUGGAGAGAGAGAGAAAGAGAGAGACUAUGGCAAAUGCCACUUUCUGACCAUAUUAAAAUUUAGUAAAGAAAAAGCAAAGUUGUGUUUAACUAUUGACAGUUUGUAUACCAUCAUUUUCUUAAUCCAUUCAAAUAGGUAUUUAUAUAAAUGUAAUGUUAAAGAGCAUGCUUGAAUAAUGGCAUAUUUAUUUUGCAUUACACUGAGUAAUAUGAGUGAAAAGUAACUGUAACACUCUGGCCCUGGUGGUUAUCUGCAAGGCCACUGAAAGUAACAUCCUGGCAUUUCCUGCUCCUGAAUUCCCUUAGGCACCUGCCUCAUUCCAGUGCUGGUUCACUGUGUCCUCCUCCGGCUGUACCUAAAAAAGUGGAACCUGGCAGGUCGCACAAAUGCAUGUACAGUUUGUCAUAUGUGGUGUCAACAUUUUUAAUAAGUGACACAUUUUACUCUUUUUGAUGCAGCCCUAAAUCUGGACUAUAGACAGAACAUUUACCAGUAUAUCCUAUACCGCUACUACUACUAAAGAAUUUCCAUGUAUUAUACAACUUUGUAUGCUGUACAUAUGUAUGCAGUGGUAAAAUCUUUAUGAGAAUACAAAGAAAACAUGUUAUAAAUGUUCCUAAUUAAAAGGAAAUUACUGCCUGCCAGGUCUGUUCAUUUAACUGAAUAUUAUUUACUAUGUAUUUGUCACAACCUAACUGCUGCUAUUGUUGUUAUGCACCAUUUUAAUACUGACUGACACCAUAAGUUCACUUCAGUGCAUUCACAUCCAUCUUUAUUUUGCUGUAGUUGGUAUUAAUAAAAUGUUAUAUACUAUUAAAUAGUCUUU